UUUGUGCUGAUCUACAAUAUGGCUGCGUCCAGGAAGGUGGAUGGUACCAUGUUGGCAGCAGUGAUUGUGCUGUGUUCACUGGCUACACUGACACCUGUCAGCGCCAAGUCCAAGUAUAUCAGCAUCUCCUUGGAGAGUAAAUGGAAACACACACCCAUUCUCCUUGAAGCAAGUGAAGGCAUUGCUAAAGAGUCAAGUGACUACUUUUGGACUUUUAUCAAUGAUUUGUCAAAUCUUGGUACCAAAAAUGUCAAAGGAGAGACAGACGAGUCGCAGUACCACCUGAUACAGAAGCUGGCCAGCAAGGUGUUAUCUCCCUUGCAGCUCAAUCUGCUCAGAUUCACUCUUGCAUUACGAGCUCACUCGCCAACCAUACAGAUGUACCAGCAGAUUGCUGCAGAAGCUGAUAUGUUGGAGGAAUGUGAUGCCUUUGUUGAUGUCCAUGGCAGUAAAUCAUGUGACCCAUCAAAACUUGAUCAGCUCAUCAAAUCAGCAAAAGAAAGACCCAAGCCUGCCGUGUACUCCUUCGACCACAUCUACCCGGGCUCAGACCUGGAGGACACCACUGUCAUACUGUAUGCUGAGGUUGGCACUGAGAGUUUCACCACUUUCCACAUGGCAUUGUCGCAGAAAGCCUCUGAGAGGAGGAUCAGCUAUGUGUUGAGGCACUUCUUACAGAAUCAGUCAGAUUCCAAAGUCCGCCUGGCAGGUUAUGGUCUGGAGCUGGCCAUCAAGAGCACGGAGUACAAGGCCAAGGACGACACCAAAGUGGAAGGCCAUGCUGGGGGUGAAAGCAGCCAUGCAGAGGAUGAGGAGGAGGAUGUACAGGGCUUCAUCUUCAACAAACUCAAAAAAUUGCACCCAGAAUUGACAGACAAUCUGAAGGAAUUUCGGGACCAUCUGAUUGACUCGAAUGUAGAGUUAGCUCCCCUUGAUGUUUGGCAGUUGCAGGACCUCAGUCUACAGGCGGCACAGCGGGUGUUGUCAGCUCCAACAGAGGAUGCCCUCCGUAUGCUUGUGGACAUCAGCCAAAACUUCCCCUCACAGGCUCGAUCCCUUGUGAAGACCACUGUUGACAACAAUUUGAAGAAGGAAAUUCAGAAAAACCAGCAGAACUUUGAGGCUGACCACUCCCUGCUGCCUGGUGACUCUGCUCUGUAUCUGAACGGGCUGCCGGUGGACCUGGAGAUCUAUGACAUCUUCUCCCUCCUCGAGGUCAUGAGGUCAGAGGCCAGGGUCCUGGAGGGUCUCCACUCACUAGGAUUCAAGGGCGAGACCCUGCAUCGUCUCCUCAACACUGACCUGAAAGGUGGAGAAGACAAGAGCUACGCCCUGGACAUCCGGCAUGGUGCUAUACAGUACCUCAACGACCUGGAGAAGGACAAGGAAUACAAGGGAUGGCCGGGCAGCAUCCAGGACAUUCUACGGCCCACCUUCCCUGGCAUGCUCAGACAUCUUCGAAAGAACAUCUUCCAUCUUGUUUUUAUUGUGGAUCCAGCUGAUCCCACGAGUAAGGAACUUAUCAAAAUGGCCGAGGCUUUCUAUGUACACAAGGCCCCCAUAAGGCUGGGGAUUGUUCUUGUCAGCAGCAGUGAUGACAGUGUCAAUGGGAAUUCUGAUGCCAGCGUGGCGUUUGCUCGUGCCUUCAACUUCAUCCAGAUCGAUGACAGUGUGCCCCGAGCUGUGUCAUUCAUUACAGAUGUGUAUGAGAAGAUCGGCACAGGUGAAGUCACGGCAGAGGCUGUGAUUGCAGAGUUCUCUGUCCAGUACCCGGGGGAAGACAAGGAACUGGUGUUUGGGGAUGACACCGACUAUAAUGACGUGAGGAAGAGUGGGAAUGAGUUUGUGGCCCACUCGGGGCUGAGUGGCUUCCCCCAGGUCCUGAUGAACGGCAGCCCCUUGAAGAAGCAGUACUUGGCCCAGGACUCUUUCGAGGAGGGGGUGGUCAAUGAGAUACUGAAGGCCACGCCCUCUGUACAGAAGGCAGUGUAUCAUGGGGAGCUGUAUGACAGCAUGAACGUCCUGGACUGGCUGAUGGAGAAAGAUAAUGUCCUCCCUCGCCUCAACUCCAGGAUUCUCUCCACUGCUGCCAAAUCUCUGGACCUUUCUGAGAAUAUAGACAGUGAAAUCCUCCACGACACAGCUACUUUUAGCAUGAUGAAUGCAAGAGAUAUGGCCUCCAUUAUGGCUGACAACAUGAAGUACCUGACCCGCCGAGAGGAGGAAGCACUGCGGUCUGUCAGCAUGUGGGUUGUGGCUGAUCUGGAAACUACCCAAGGGAGGCAACUCAUGUACAAUGCCAUCAAACAUCUGAAAUCUUCUGCUGACAUGCGUUUGAGCAUGAUCUUCAAUCCAUCAUCGGCCAACCAGGACAACAACUUGAACAAGGCUGUGUACACCGCACUGACCACCCUGUCCGGGAACAUAGCCAAGAGCUUCAUCACCAAGCUGGUGAAGGAGGAGAAUGUGAUGGAGAUGAAGGCCGGCACCAAGAAGCUGGUCGAUCUCGAAGUUCAUGGGAUGGACAUGAAGACGUACCUAGCAGCCCUCAACAAACAGGGGGACACGUUUCUCAAGUCUCAUCGAGCAUUUGCCCAAAAGGUUCUGCUGUUUGAGGAAACAGCACGAGGUAUCAUCACCAAUGGCAAGGUGAUUGGUCCCUUGGAUGAUGGGGAAGACUUCCUGCCAGAUGAUGUUGGUCUCCUGGAGAAAUACACAUUGCAGCAGUCGGCUCGUAAAAUCCGGGAGCAGAUCCGUGGCCUGGGAUAUGAUAAUGACCAGGGAAGUAACUUGCUCCUGAAGGUGGCGGCACUGUUGACUGCCAAGAGUCAGACUGAGGGCAGGAAGAAAGUCAGCUUCAAAUCUGAUGAAUACAGUGUGUUGAAGAUCCCAGCUGAUGACUCCAUCCCAGCCUUUGUUGUGGAGGUGGUUAUGGACCCUGUGUCCAGGGAGGCCCAGAAGCUGUCUGCCAUACUCCACGUCCUCAGGCAGAGCACCAACGUGGAGAUCCGCCUCUACAUGAACUGUAAGGACAAGCUGUCGGAGAUGCCUCUCAAGAACUACUAUCGAUAUGUCCUUGACCCUGAGUUGACCUUCAAGGUUGAUGGCACGUACUCCCGUGGUCCCGUGGGCCGGUUCACUGACAUGCCUGAGAAGUCUCUGCUCACCCUCAACAUGGAUCCCCCCGAGAGUUGGCUGGUGGAGGCCGUCCGCUCGCCGUACGACCUGGACAACAUCCUGCUGGAAGAGGUCCAUGAUGGCGUGAAGGCUGAUUUUGAAUUGGAGUACAUUCUACUGGAAGGUCACUGCCAUGACUCCUCCACCAUGCAGCCACCAAGGGGCCUUCAGUUCACACUCGGAACCAACAGCACUCCCGCUGUCAAGGAUACCAUCGUCAUGGCCAAUCUGGGUUACUUUCAACUCAAGGCUAACCCAGGAGUGUGGCAGCUGCAGCUCAGAGAAGGGCGCUCCAGGGAAAUCUACGACAUCAACAGCCAUGACUUCACAGACACUCCCAAAGGUUCUACUGAUGUGGUGGUUGCCAUAAGCAGCUUCAAGAGCAAGAUCAUCAGGGUCAAGGUUUCGAAGAAGGCAGACAAGCAGAAGGAGCAGCUCCUGCAGGACUCGGAUGAGGGCCAGGGAUUGUGGGAUUCCAUUUCCAGCUCAUUCACUGGACAGAAGUCUGAUGAAGAUGAAGAUGAGACGCUCAACAUCUUCUCCCUGGCUUCUGGACAUCUGUAUGAGAGAUUUUUGAGAAUAAUGAUGCUGGGUGUGUUGAAAAAUACAAAAUCAAAAGUGAAAUUCUGGUUUCUGAAAAAUUAUCUGUCGCCAACAGUUACGGACUUCAUACCACACAUGGCCAAGGAGUAUGGGUUUCAAUAUGAGCUGGUGCAGUACAAGUGGCCACGCUGGCUUAUACAACAGAAGGAAAAACAGAGAGUUAUCUGGGGAUAUAAAAUACUCUUUUUGGAUGUGUUGUUUCCACUGCAUGUGAAGAAAAUAAUAUUUGUCGAUGCUGAUCAGAUUGUGAGGGCUGAUUUAAAAGAACUACAUAAUUUAGACUUGGGAGGGGCCCCAUAUGGUUACACCCCAUUCUGCAGUGACAGGAAGGAGAUGGAUGGUUUUAGGUUUUGGAAGUCCGGCUAUUGGGCCAGUCAUCUAGCUGGGAGGCCAUACCACAUUAGUGCCCUGUAUGUGGUGGAUCUGAAGCGGUUCCGGCGCAUCGCCGCUGGGGACCGACUGCGAGGACAGUACCAGGGUCUGAGUCAGGACCCUAACAGUUUGGCCAAUCUAGACCAGGAUCUGCCCAACAACAUGAUCCACCAAGUGUCCAUCAAGUCCCUGCCCCAGGAGUGGCUGUGGUGUGAGACCUGGUGCUCCACAGAGUCCCUGCAGUAUGCCAAGACUAUAGACCUGUGCAACAACCCUCUCACCAAAGAACCUAAGCUGAGUGCAGCCAUGAGGAUCGUCCCAGAGUGGAAGGAGUAUGAUUAUGAGAUCAAAGUGUUGUGGGAUAAGGUGUAUGGGACCAACACUCGUUUACAGACAGAAUAUGAAGUAUCAGAUACACAAAAAGAUUCACUGAAAAAGGAUGAGUUAUAACACUGGCCCAAACUAGAGAAUGUUAUGUACAUAUGUAAAGUGUUUUGUAAUAUGAUGUGUGGAAAUUCUCAUCCUCCCUGGUGGAGAACAUCAUCAUGUGGUGACAGGGGAACUGACUUCAAGGCUCUGUAGCGCUUCAGUUUGGACAUAAUUCGACAUAUUUAACAGUUACUGCACAAGACACAAAGCUAAAACAGCUUCACAUUUUUGAGAAUUCCAUUAGUUACUUAACCCAACAGCAUCUCAUCUGCGUGUGUUCCCAUCAACUACAGGCAGUGCAGCAUCCCCCAGCAGAACACACAGGUCAACAUGGAAUACACUGCCUGUUGCCAGGCUCAGGGAAUCUAGAAACACAUCGGACGUUUAGAUCAUUGACAUUCUUCACUUAUAUCCUUGUUCGAUGAAAAUCAUGAAUAAAUUUAUCUUAUGUUUAUGUGUUUCAUUGAGAAAUUAUCCAACAUCUCACAAUACCAUUGUCCAGCCUAGGUCUCCGCAAGUUUACCCUUUAACCUGGAUGGCGAGAAGUACAGUAGGAUUUGUUGACACUUGUUUCGUUUACGUUAAGGUGAACAUCAUUUCUGAAAUGUCUUUGAAGCUCAUGCCAAUAGUCCAAUAGUGAAGUGUUAGAUGUAUGUAUGUCCGUCAGUGUGAUUACAGCUCCUGCACAUCACGUCAGGUCAGUGGUGACUGCUGGAUGUGAGCGUGGACCAGGCCGAGUGUCUGUACACAGCUUGUGCUUCCCUGUGGGUGGAGGUACAUCUAGGGGAUAUUGUCCUGUAGUCUUCUUUGUAUGUAUGGGCAUCAGGUGCAGCAGUUAGAGGGACCAAGUGCAGAAUAAUGGCAACAUUUACAUGAAUCAAGUCUUUCCCUUCUUUUUAGAAACCCAUAGAAACCUCACCCACUACAACUGCACUAAAGAGGGCGACAGUCGUUCCUAGUGCUAGGCAUUGUCAUUAAUUCACAUACUGUAAAACGUUGAUGUGGGCUGUGAGUUCAUGCUAAUCAUUAACCACUUUCUACGCACCUUAAAAUCUGAACUAGCAGUGCAACAAAUUGCUGUUUGAAUAAAAUGAGCUGGAAGUGCCGAUGAGCCCUGCUGUAAAAGGCGACUAUGCUUGUCGUAAAAGGCGACUACCGGAAUGGGAUGGUCAGACUCGCUGACUUGGUCGAUGCAUGUCAUCGGUCCCAAUUGCGUGGAGCGAUGCCCAUGAUAUCAAUCACUGGAGUGUCUGGUCCAGACUCGAUUAUUAACAGACCGCCGUUACUAAGCUGGAAUAGUGUUAUAAAACAACAAACCAACCAACCAACCAUCCAAUGAGCCCAGUUCCCCAUGUAAGGUAUCAGUGAACAACACUGUACCAACCUAGCUGUAUUGAUUAGGUCGUCUUGUCCAGUGGAUGUGUUUGUGAUGGUCUCCAUGACUGGGAAAUAAAGAGAUCUCACUGUAUAAGGUAUCAACCUGUAAGUAAAGGAAUAGUUUGAGACAAUUACACAAGUCAUUAAAAGAUGGAUGUGUGUAUGAAAUAUGAAUGCUUGCUGAUGGGGUUUGUUAACUUCAUGGUCAUGUGGCUAGGGCAUCCGACCUCGGGUCAGAAGGUCUGUGGUUCAGAUCCCAUCAUGGGACUCGGACAUUGCUUGGCUGCUACAUAUUCAUGACCUGUUGUUGCAUGUCUGGAACCUAGCUCUGUGACGCCAUGCCUGGUGGAGGCAUGAAUGCAUGUAGCUAAACAACUGGCAUGAUUGCUUCAAAUCUUGAACAAAGUGAGAAUUAUACAUCUGUUUAUUCUGAUCCUGUUAUGUUCUCACAUACUUAGUUCAGUACGAGUCAUCGGUGUAUAGUUUACUUGUAAAAAAUGAAUUUGCUCCCUACAUUAUUUCAUAAAGAUGUGAGUGAACAAAUUUGUAGUAUAUGUAAUAUGAAAUUACAUAUGUCUGUCCUAAACAACUCAAAACCAGACAUGAUGUUCAAGAUGCAGAUGCAUGAAGGUGGUUCUGAAAUACCUUAACCCAAAGCCCAUACCUACAGGUUGACUUCUAGGAUUGGAGUUGAUUGAUCCCUAUAACCAUCACACUGUCACAUACUUCAAUGCAGUCCUAAUUCCACAUCAUGAAUAAUCUUCACUAUUAUCGGAGUGUUAAUAAAUCAUUGACCUAUGGGUUCGCCUGUUGUAAGUCUGGUUGAGGGAGCAGCUUCUGUGUCAUGUACAUUUCAAUCCUCUGACGAACUGUCUACUUGUAAGGCCAAAACAGUAAUACUUGAUCUUCAGGCACAUUCCCUCCACUUUACUUCUGCUUCAUGACAAAAGACAAAGGACACCAAGCUCUUGGCUAAAACUAUCAUGGUCUUCCAUUACCACAUAAUGUAGUAUAUUAUUCUUGUGUUCAUUUCAUUAUAACAGUUAUCAAUAUAGAUCUAAGGUUGAUCUAUGAGUGGGGGGUUGGUGUACUGUGCAAUGAUUAAUUGAGGAAACCCGAGUUCUGCCAACUGAAGGAUUGUUCCAUCUGUUUUCUGUAUCAAUGACGUACAGGAUGGGAGUGUACUUGGAUACACUUUGUAGUAGUGCUGUCUUUGUAGUAGUAGUAUUUUUCAUUUAUUGAAUGCAAAUCUUUUAUAUUUUUAAAAGUAGAUGUACAGCCAAACUGUACAACAGAGUCUAGGGAAGAUGGCUUCAUACCAUUGUCUUUCUCGGACAUUCUGACAGUGGUCAGAAUCUUUGUUCCAACUUCAACAGCCAUAUCAUGUACAUCCUUUGUAAUUUAAGGUUGGGACUUUUUUCAAAAUAUUUCUCCUUCCAUUAGGAGACAAUUGGGGUGUCCAUUCACUUCAGUUACAGAUGUUGCGCUGUAAAACUAUCACAAGAACCAAGGAUCAUCAUCUGCAGCAGAAGGGAAGUGUGUCUCCCCGUCAACCAUUGCUCCGGGAAUUUAUCAUUGAUUUAUCGAAAUAGACAGUGUACAACUUUCAAGUAAACCCUAUUUUGUUCUUCCCAAUAUCAGUCCAAAUGUUUGUAAAUCAUGAGGAAAUAAACAUUCCAUAUAUAGA